AUGAAGCUCCUGACAGCAGCUUUGCUCCUGCUGUUCAUCGCCAUGUGCUUAGCCAGCGCAGAAGGUGUUAAGUGCAAAUGUUCAAGAAAAGGUCCUAAAAUCAGAUUCUCUAACGUACGGAAGCUGGAGAUCAAACCGAGGUACCCGUUUUGUGUGGAAGAGAUGAUUAUUGUGACUCUGUGGACACGUGUGAGAGGCGAGCAGCAGCACUGCUUAAACCCCAAACGCCAAAACACAGUGAGGCUGCUGAAGUGGUACAGAGUAUGGAAAGAGAAAGGCAGGGUUUAUGAAGAAUAAGAUGAAGCAGCGUGAGGAAUGGAGUGGACUCCCUUGGCUGGCAUAGGACUGGGCUCUGCAGAAGAUUGUCUCUCUCCCACAGACAGAAGACACAAAUUCUAUAUUAUU